UGGGCGGAGCCAAAGGGAAGGGGCGGGGAUAGGCGGCGGCCCGGUCGGGAUGCUCGUCGGCGGCCGGAGACCAUGGCCCUGCGCAGGCCGCCGCCCCACGACCACGGGAGGCGAGACUGCAAUUCGAAAAAGAAAAGGAAAGAAGCCGAGAUCUACCAGGCGCUGAACAGCGACCCUCCGGACGUGGCUGCCCUAAGGCGCAUGGCCAUCAGCGAAGGGGGCCUCCUGAUGGACGAGAUGCGCUGCAAGGUGUGGCCAAAGCUGCUGAACGUGAACACCGAGGACCUGCCACCUCCACCAGGAAAGGAACUCCGGGAGAACAACAAAGAUUACCAGCAAGUGCUGUUGGACGUGAGGCGAUCCCUUCGCCGUUUCCCUCCAGGGAUGCCGGACGAGCAGAGGGAGGGGCUGCAGGAGGAGCUGAUCGACAGCAUCCUUCAGGUCCUGCAACGCAACCCGCAGCUGCACUACUACCAAGGCUACCACGACAUCGUGGUCACUUUUCUGCUGGUGGUCGGGGAGAGGCUGGCGACGGCCCUGGUGGAGAAGCUUUCGACCCAUCACCUCAGGGAUUUCAUGGACCCAACAAUGGAUAACACCAAGCACAUCUUGAACUAUUUGAUGCCUAUUAUCGACCAGGUGAACCCAGAACUGCACGACUUCAUGCAGAGGGCCGAAGUGGGGACCAUUUUUGCUCUCAGCUGGCUGAUCACCUGGUUUGGACACGUCCUCUGCGACUUCAGACACGUGGUGCGGUUGUACGAUUUCUUCUUGGCGUGCCACCCGCUGAUGCCAAUCUACUUUGCAGCAGUGAUUGUGCUUCACCGGGCCCAGGAGGUCCUAGCCUGCGAGUGUGACAUGGCCUCCGUUCACCACCUCCUCUCCCAGAUCCCGCAGGACCUCCCCUACGAGACCUUGAUCAGCCGGGCAGGAGACCUCUUUGUCCAGUUUCCACCCUCCGAGCUCGCCCGGGAGGCGGCUCAGCAGCAGGCGGAGAGGACGGCUGCUUCCACCUUCAAAGACUUUGAGCUGGCUUCGGCCCAGCAGCGACCGGACACCGUCCUCCGGCAGCGCUUCCGGGACCGGCUGCGGGCGGAGGAGAGGGCCAAGGCGCUCCUGACGACGAAACCGAGGACCAACCGCUUCGUCAAGCUGGCCGUGAUGGGGCUGACGGUGGCGCUGGGGGCAGCGGCCUUGGCGGUGGUGAAGAGCGCGCUGGAGUGGGCCCCCAAGUUCGAACUGCAGAUAUUUCCUUGAGAGUCCAGCGUGG